AUGUACAUCCGGGAAAUCAGGGGAGAUGGCAAUUGCUUUUACAGAACCCUAUGCUUUGGACACCUGGAAUCAUUGUUACAAAAGGACAGAGUGUUAUGGAACAAUGUGAAGCUGAUGAGCUUGGUGACAUUGCUCCAGCUCUUUAAUGAGCAAACUACCUUUGACAGUUUGGUGCAAUACCUAAGGCUGCUCACAUUAGCCUACCUGCAAAACCAUGCAGACUUCUUCAGCCACUUUGUGGAGGCACGCAGUCUCAAGGUUUACUGCACUCAGGAAGUGGAAACCAUGGCAAUGGAGUGUGACCACAUAGAUAUCCUGGCUCUGUCUGAGGCCUUAAUGGAAGCAAUGUGGAUGCUAACGCCUGAGGGGGAGACGGACAGCGUCUGGGCCACCACACCAUUCCAGAGGGAACCCAGCCCUCCCUACACCUCCUCUACAAAACAGCCCACUAUGACAUUCUCUACCCACAUCAUUGCCAUUGAGGGGCCUGAUAAAGGACUCCACAUAUCUCAGGUUUACAGGAAGUUUAGUGUUAAUAAUUUAUUUUAAGAGUUUAAAAAAAUAUUUUUAAAAGUUUGUAGCAUUGUUCUGUAAUAUCGUGCAUUCGGAAAGUAUUCAGACCCCUUGACUUUUUCCACUUUGUUACAUUGCUUAUUCUA